CGCGAACGGACCCGGAUUCAACUAUAAGGAGGGAAAUUGGAAUAUUUGUAAACAUUGAAAAUGCAAAAUGUCAGAUAGAAGACCUGCGAGAGCCAGAAAAUCUGUUGAUUAUGCAAAGUUUGCAGGACCUGAUGACUUUGAUGAUGACUUUGCUGAUCUAACUCCACCUCCAAGUAAAAGAGCAAAAACUUCUUCAAGUAAAGACCUACAGAAAAAAGCUACCACGAACACAGACAAAAAGAAACCAGCAAAAAGUAGAACACCUUUAGCAGAGAAAGUUUAUGAAAGGGAACUUCAGGCAGCAUUAGAACUCUCUUUGAUAGCGUCUCAAAGUUCUACCUGUGAUGACGAUGAAGAUUUUAAACCUAAAAACAAUAAAAAGUCAAAUGUGAUAAAGACAGAAAAGGAGAAAAUCAAUAAAACACCAGUGACUUCAACUCCAUUUGAUGAAGUAAAUGAUGUGAUAUGUACAGUAGAAGUGAAUAAAGACAAAAAUAUAAACUCUGUUGAUAUAGAGGGACUGGACAAUAGUUCAGAAAAGACUGAAACAGUGCAUGCAGAACACAAUGUUGGAAAUCAUAAAAAUUUACAAGAAAUUCAAAGAAAUAAAUCAGAUGGUAAUGACAGUGAUGCUAUAAUUGUAUUAGAAGAUGAGGAAGAGCUAGGAAAGGGUGGGAGGAGGAAAUCAGCAACCAAGGCCAAGGUUGUUUAUGAUGAUAGUGAGGAUAAUGACAGUGAGUUUUCCGCGGAUGAUGAUGCUGAGGAGGAGGAUCCUAGUGACGAUGAUUAUGAUGAAGACAAUGAUAGUGACUUUGAUUGUGGUAGUAAAAAGAAGAAAAAGGAGGUUAAAAAGGCCGUCACACCUAAACCUACAAAACAAACUAAAACUAAUGUUCCCACAAAGGUUGCUGCAGCAUCCAAGCCAGGAGCUAGUUCUAAAGCAAAGACCCCAAUGCCUGUAGUAUCAUCAAAAGGUCCACUCAAUAGUCCAGCCAUUACAGCUAGACCUGCUGUGGAAAGUCCAGUCAAUAGAUCAGCAAUGUCAAGUCCUAUUGUUAGAACUGUACCUAAAUGGAAUCCUCCAGGUUCAGUAGAAAGUGUAAAGUCACCAGGAGGAAGUGUAUCUUUACAAUCUCCAUCCUCAGGAGGGAUGAGAGUGGGUCUAUCUAGAAACCAGAGAGUCAAAUCACUACAUCCUGGACUCACACUCAAAACGACUUAACUUUUAUUUAUUGUUUUAAUAAAAUUUUAGAUUGUU